AUAUUCCACAUGACAUAUGACCUGGCCAGUGCUGUAGUGAGAAUCUUUAAUCUCAUUGGAAUGAUGUUGCUGCUUUGCCACUGGGAUGGUUGUCUUCAGUUUUUAGUACCAUUACUCCAGGAUUUCCCACCAGAUUGCUGGGUGUCCCUAAAUGGUAUGGUUAAUGAUUCCUGGGGAAAGCAGUACUCCUAUGCACUCUUCAAAGCCAUGAGCCAUAUGCUCUGCAUUGGUUAUGGAGCCCGUGCCCCCGUCAGCAUGUCUGAUCUCUGGAUAACCAUGUUGAGCAUGAUUGUGGGGGCUACUUGUUAUGCCAUGUUUGUUGGUCAUGCGACUGCCCUAAUUCAGUCUCUGGAUUCUUCACGACGACAAUAUCAAGAGAAGUACAAACAAGUGGAACAGUACAUGUCAUUCCACAAAUUACCUGCUGAAAUGCGCCAGAAGAUCCAUGAUUACUAUGAACACCGCUAUCAAGGCAAGAUUUUUGAUGAAGAAAAUAUUCUCAAUGAGCUCAAUGAUCCCCUUAGGGAG